ACAAGUCUCUGAACUAGUUCAUCAAGACCAACAAGAAGUUUAAAAAGCAUCCCAAUGGUCCUUCUUGUGGGUAGCUUAGAGUUACCUUGGGAUGUCCUGUCCUCAGACAGCAAGUGUUUUCAUGUAAACCUUUUAGUUGUCGGUUAAUGAAUAUAAGAGAGAGAAGGAAUUUUACUUUGUAAGUUUUACUCUGUAAUUUGACCAGAAUGAUCAACAUGUAGGAGAACUGGCUUGAAUUCUGUGUGUGUGUUAUUGUCUGAAGCACAGAGGGUUGUGGUAGUUUGACACUCAGUCAGAAGCCUGAAUACAUUUCCAAAGUCAUUACAUCAAGAGCCUUAUGUCACUGACAGCUGUGUUCGCUUAGAAACAUCACCUUAGUUCUCAGUGAAAUACAACUAGAAUUGUUAUUUUCAAAUCACAAAUACUAUUUGAGGGUCUUUUGCAGUGUUGUCCUUGGAUGUCCUGCAUUGUGAUGUCAUUUUUAAAGUAAACUUUAAGUACAGAGAUCCAGUGUGUAACUGUCCAUUUUCAUUCGAUUUUGACACAAAUUCCCUUAUUUUCAAUAGCAAUAUUUAGCAUAUAAUUUAAAAUUAAAUAUGAAUUAAAUUAAAAAUAAUUAAAAGCCUUUAAUUGGAAAUGGCAUAAUUGGCUUUGGAAUUGUUAUCGCAUGCUGGUUUUUAAAUGCUGAGUUUGUAUUUUGGCUCAAUGUUUUGAUGUCACGGCAGUGACUUGGGGCGGGGUUGUUGAACCUGUUCGGCUUGCAACAAGCUGAUUGGUGCAGGAUGUUAUCACCACAAUACACACACACACACGCACGCAUUCAGAUCAGACCGAGCGCUGCGCUUGUUUAUAGCUUUCUCUGGUGAACACCCAAGUCCAAGUGACACAUUAAUACUUGAGCAAGCGAUGGCUGGACCGAGGCCUGUUGUGAUGACCGGGCCCUCUGGGGCCGGGAAAAGCACUCUGCUUAAAAAACUGCUCAAGGAGUUCGAUGGCGUGUUUGGCUUCAGCGUUUCUCAUACAACACGAAAACCCCGUCCAGGAGAGGAGAAUGGGAAAGAUUACCAUUACGUAACCAGGGCAGAAAUGCAGAAGAGCAUAGCAAAUGGGGAGUUUAUUGAAAGUGCAGAAUUUUCAGGGAACAUGUAUGGAACAAGUAAAGCAGCUGUUCAAGCUGUUCAGGCUCGAAAUUUGAUUUGCGUUUUGGACGUAGAUAUGCAGGGUGUGAAGAGCAUCAAGCGAACUGAUCUCAAUCCCUUAUAUGUGUCUGUCCAGCCCCCGUCAAUGGAUGUCCUGGAAAAACGAUUAAGGGACAGAAAAACAGAAUCUGAGGAGAGUCUACAAAAGCGUUUGCAUGCAGCAAAGGUUGACAUGGAAAUAAGCAAAGAGCCGGGAUUAUUUGAUGCAGUCAUCAUCAAUGACGAAGUUGAUGUAGCAUAUGAGAUAUUAAAAGAUGCUCUUCUUCUGGAAAUCCAGAAGGUCAAAGUGUCCAACAAGGCUUAAAUGAGAACAUUCCGGCUAGUCACAGCCACCAUCAUAACUAUAGUUUUCAGAUCAGAACAUUCCAUCCAAGAUGAUUUUUCGGGACGUUUAUUUAAUACUCCAACAGCAGCUGAACGUAAACUACAUUUAAAAGGUGCAGAUUAUUAUUCCAUAUUAAGUACAUGGUGAAACUACUAUGUUAUUUAAAGACAAUGUACUAUGCUACUUUAUUUCCUAUGUAAAACGUCAAACUCAGAGAUUCAACCAGGAUACACUCAGAACACUCAAGUCAUUGUUUUUAAAACCGUCUUGUUUUGAUACGCUUCAUAUUUUUUAACAAAGGAAAACACAAUGCACUAUUGAAAUAGCAGACUUGACAUGUAUGUUCACAUGUUUGUUUUUCAAUGCUGAUGAUCUCUUAUGAUAACUCCUGUAAAAACUUCUGCAUACAGGUACAGAUGAGCAGUUUUCAUUUCUAAUGUUUUUAAAAUGACUGCAGAUACACAGCGUUGUCAUCUAGACAGUGUUUUACAAUGGAACUCUGAACAUAUGACACAGUCAAACGUUGUUAUUUACUAAUGUUAAUAAGAGGCAUUCUGCUGAUUUUCUCAAUUCCAUAAUCAUGUACACAUGCACAUUACCUGAAAAUUGUAAUGUUUACCAGCUCUGAAAGUUUUAUGAGGGUGUAAAGCCAAUGUUGGCAAAUUCUAAACACAGCCAUGAGUCGUAUAACAUCAUAGUAGUUAUUUUGCUUCAUUGUUCAUACAUUGAAAAAGCUUUUAGUCUUACAGCUUUCUUUAGCAGAUCCAUGUUGACACCUGUUUUUUAAGAACAUAGUUAUAAUUUCCCCAUAAGUCUUAUUUGCUUGUUUUCGUUUUUCUUUUUUGCAGUUAUGUACAUUGGUUAUUCUUAUUAAUGUAAUACAAUGUUUUCAAAUUAGUUAAUCAAAGGCACUAUAACAAAUAACAAAAUGCACAAUUACUUUAAUUUUCAUGUUUAAUUUAGAACACUUUUUUUUGUUUGUUUUACAGUUAUGAGAAUAUUUGGGGGUGAAAUGUAAUGUUCCCGACAGGUGUUUUUUUUUGUUGUUGUUCAUUUUAAAACUGGACAGAUUCAUUUUACCUACUUAUUUCUAUUUGUUUACAGACUUCUAUUUAUUAGCAAAUAAAUGUUUUGCAUAUUAUUUCACUUUAUUUGAUAGGCUUGAUAAGUUUGUCCCAUAUGUCUAAUUGGUGUUUGCUUAAUGUAAUGUACUGAUGUUAAUAGCUUACUUUUGUCUUUUGGUUGUGUCUUUCUAUUGAGGACAUGCACUUACUGUUGAGCAGAAGUGUGUUUGGGACCUUUGAACUGAAGUACUGUAUGUUGUCUCUCUAUUACAUUAGAGAUUAAAAUUGAACAAAGGUUUUCAUAAAAUAGCACAAUUAGUUUAAAAACUUGUAAACCAGUUUUUAAAUUCCACAAUAAGCAGAUCAUAUGUAAUGGCUGGAAUACACUACAAGACUUUUAAAAUCUGAACAGAUUUUUUUUAACUAGACGUCAUUCACUUGCAGACUUUUUGAAAGUUUCAGAUAGAAACAUAUUUACUGAUCAAAUCUGCAGACUGGCACAGACUUUCUGCAACAAGUCCAGACUGAAAAUCUGGGUUUAAUCUGAGCAAAAGUCUUGUAGUGUAUUUCAGCCUUAAUAGAACAACUUGCAAUAUUUUUUAAUCAAUUUAUGGGUGUCCACAGACACAAUUGUCUGUGUUUUCUAGGGUUUAUGACCACUUUACAAAACUGCAGAAGUGUAUCUCAGAGUUUCAUUUCAUUCCUUUGUGCAUCAUUUAAUUCCCAAUUCUUUAAAACGUUAAUGUGGUAUAUGUAAAAUAUGUCUGAGAAAUGCAUUUUUUUUUCUUCAUUUAUAAACCAAAUGUCUAUGUUAUGUUUUUUUAUUCUAAAACAAUUUACAUGUAUCGUGCAGUCAAGUGUAAUAAAACUACACUAC